GCCGUGCCGUGCCGUGCCGCCGCCAUGUGCUCCGGCGGGACGCUUAGCGUCCUGUGCAGCGACUCUUACGCCGACCUCAGCCAGUACCGGGACCAGCACUUCCGGGGGACGCGGUACGAGCAGGAGCGGCUGCUGAGGAAGAGCUGUACGCUGUACGUGGGGAACCUCUCCUUCUACACCACGGAGGAGCAGAUCCACGAGCUCUUUGGUAAGAGCGGCGACAUCAAGAAGGUCAUCAUGGGGCUGGACAAAGUGAAGAAAACUGCCUGCGGCUUCUGCUUCGUGGAGUAUUAUGCAAGAGGAGAUGCUGAAAAUGCAAUGCGAUACAUCAAUGGAACCAGACUUGAUGAUAGGAUCAUAAGGACAGACUGGGAUGCAGGAUUUAAGGAGGGUAGGCAGUACGGUCGUGGAAGAUCAGGGGGCCAGGUCCGAGAUGAAUAUCGGCAAGACUAUGAUGCUGGAAGAGGUGGCUAUGGCAAAACUGUUCAAUGCCAGUGAAUGGUGAAUGACUCGUCAGCCUCGGGGGAGAACUAAAUCUGCAUUGUAAAUGUCACCAGGCACAAAGUAGGUCUGUUGCACACAAAUUUAUGUAGCUAGAAAUUAACAGAAACUACUAUCCGUGUUCCUGUGAUCACAUAGUAUGAUCAAUAUAUCUUCUGUGUUAAUACCAGGUUCUGAAGCAUUGCAGAGUACAUUAACAGAGAGGACCUGGGAGUAAGGUUUUAAGCAAUAGUAUGUGUGAGGCUUUGGUCUCUAAAUGCUGCUGUAACUGUACUAAAAGGAACAAAGAUUUAAUGGUAUGGUGCUUUUUUUCACUGGCAAAACUUGAUUAUUCUGUUUCUGGGUUUCGUUUACAUUGGUAUCACAGGGUGGAGAGCGGCGAUAAAGGAGGAUUGGUGUAGGUUUCAGAGAUGAAAGAAAAAGGCAAAGAAGCUGAAAAGGAAGUGCAAUUUCUAAGGAAAUUUUCCAGUUUCUAGGGAAGACUUGAAGUUGCAGAUUUCCUGGGGUUACUGGAUUAGCAUCCUUUUACACUGAUGCUGUUCCUAGCACACCAACACGAACGGCCACAAUAAACCAAGUCAGACUGAUGAGCCCAGGAAUCAUCAGGUGAGAAGGAAGCCUAGCAGAGAGCAGAACACAGACCCUUGUAGUCUUCUACAAAGUAUAAUGUGAUUGCACGACGUUGCGUGAUUGAGAACCAUUUUGCUUUGUGGGAUACAGAGAACAGCAAGUGUAAGAAUUACAGUAGCAGUUAUUUUCACAGUUGGAUUGCAGUAUUUUGCUCCUGUCUGGUAGCUCUCUAUGGCCUUAAUAUUUGAGGAACAGUCUCUUUCCCAUGCCUACAAGGAUGCCAUAAAGCCAAGUUGUACAAUUACCCCCAAAAAUGGGAUGUUUGAGGAAGUGUGUAUAAUGAGAAAGUUUGUUCUUAAAAUAGAUUUUCUAUUUGAGAAACUUGAUUGCAGACAAAAGUAAAAAUAAAAAAAAAGAUGCCUUUUUGAGAGUUCUGCUUUCUACUGAGCAUGUGGUAAGAAUGGUAAAAGAAUUGCAGGACUUUAGGUUCCCCCCCCCGCCCCCGCCAGAUCCUAUUAACAUUGCUAGUUUAUAUGAUGGGAUUUUGAUGUACUGCAGACAUAGAAAUGAAAAUAAUUAGUGAUCCCAAGGUUGGUGAAAUUGACCUGCUGAAAUGAAAUAGUUUAAAGGGAACCGUUACAAGGCUUUGGAUUAUUUUUAUUAUGGACUUCUGAGUUUUUUGGCAAUUCAUAAAGUUUUUUCCAAAUACCUCAUCGUCCAUGACUCCUUAAAAACCUUUAAAAUAGCAGGUAUAUAAAAGCCGAUCUUUACUCACUGAAGAUAUUGUUGGAAACCUUGAUGUGUCUCUUGUGUACAGUUAGUCACAACUGUUACUGUAAGUUGGAAAUAGAGUGAGGUAGAACAACUGCAAUGACACUUUGCUUACUUAGGAAGUGAGAUUUCAGGUGGGCUUUGCUUUUUUUGGCACAUAGAAUAAAACUAGAUUUUCAGGAUCACUUGGUGCUGGUCUGCAAACAUGACUUUGAACAAAGCUACCUUUUUCUGUAUAGUACACUUGAUUAUUAAUUUACAGCCUGUAAGUUGCUCUAGGAAAUCUCUGAAGUUUAUUUUUCAUUGUAUCAAUUUUGUAUUUAAAAUUGUGUUGCCAAAACUAAGUCACUUUCAAAUAAAGCUGCAACAUCAAAAUGGA